AUGGAUCCAGAUGGGUUUGACGAUGCCCUGGGCUUGUCAAAUGAAAAGCCGCAAAACUUGGGUGCGUACAUCUACCAACCACCGAAGCACGCAAAGGCAAGCGAACGUCCUUCGAAGCGUCGCAAGGUCUCCUCGGGGGCCAAUUUGGACGAGAAGCCAGAUCGACAACACUUUGUGCCCCUUUUAAAUGGGGAGGAGAACGUCGAAUCCGUCCAACUACGAUACGAUACCUAUAAGCAGCUAUGGUCGAAACAAGAAACUAAGAUCCAGAACAUUCUGGAGUCCGUUGAUGCUGGAGUUCUGACAGAUGUUCUGUCAUUUGUCAGGGAAACCUCUCCUCAGACGUGUGACGGCUGCAUACCCACAGCAUUGGUCACAGUCGGUUCCAAUGUUUCAUCUCUCAGCAGGCUGCUAUCGCGACUCAAUGGCCAAUUAAUCUCGGCCGAAGAAGGCAGUGUGGUGGUUCUUGAAUCGGGCGACGCUCCAAAUCUCAAAACAACAUUGAAGAACAUCAUUCGAGCCACUGUCACAAACACGGACGGCAAUGACGGAUACCAACGGUUCCUCACAGACCGUGCUGGACCCCGCCUACUUGGUUACGAUCUUGACCUACUCCACGACUAUGUGCAGAGAAAAGGGACCAAAAAGUUGGUCCUUGCUCUUCGCGAUAGUGAGGCCUUCGAUCCAGGACUUUUAACUGACCUCUUAUCCCUCUUCAAAUCAUGGCUAGAUCGCAUACCAUUUACCGUCUUGCUUGGUAUUUCUACUUCGGUGGAGCUCUUUGAAGGUAGACUGCCUAGAUCGUGUGUUUCCCUCCUUCGAGGAAAACAUUUCGAAGUCCAAGAGGCAGGGAACUGUGUGGACCGAAUUUACGAGUCUCUUCAGACUGAUCCAGCAACCGAAAUGUGGCUGGGCCGUAAUGUGACUGGUACCUUGUUCGAGAAUACCAGUGAUUAUUUCCAGACCCCGGAAGCAUUCAGUCGUAUGGUCAAGUACACAUACAUGUCCCAUUUCUUCGCCAACCCUCUGGCAGUGUUAUUUGCCAAACCGACUCCCACAAACCUCGCCCAGGGCAGGCUUCCCGAGGCUAUCCGGAAUCUCCCAUCAUUUAGGAUGUUCUGCGAGGAUCUGGUCGAAGAAGGAUCUAUUGACCAGGCUCGAAACAUGCUAGAAAAUGACGACUAUCUAAUCCAGCAGACUGUCAAGGCGCUCGAUGCAGGCCAGCGAAUAAUGCGGAAACUCUUCCAGACAGUUCGUACAAUACACGCCUGCCUCCAAUAUACGCAAACAGGAAAAAAGUCCAGUGUAUCUGAUCUCUCUGUCCGUGCACUUUGUGGUGAAUUAUAUGAGUCCAGUGUUGUGGAAGAGAUGUUGGCUACCACGAAGGCUCUUGACUCCGACAAGCUAUACAAACUCCUUUUGGAUUUGCAUCAUAUCAUAUCAAUCCCCGAAGCCGAAGAACUUCUACAGAAUCUUGAAAUCCUGUUGGGUUCAUGUUCAGGUCCGCUGCGCAGCGGAUACAACAUCAACAGCACCGUCACAAAAACCACUGUUGUGCAACAGCGUAUCCAGCUCAGCAAAGGCAGAGCCGAGCUUUCAGAGCAGGAUUCCCACUAUACCAAAAUUGUCGAUCGAUUGGUUGCACUUCUGCAAGAACACCUAACAGAAACCUUGAUCAACCCCCAAGAUCUGUUCUUGCACGAGGCUUUCUUGUUUGAUUUGAGGAACCCUUUGAAGGAGACGUUCGGGCCUCGCCCUCGCUUCGCAAUCGAGCGUGCCCUUGUCACUCCGUUUGACUAUCUCCUUUCUUCCACAGACGCCGCUACCACCAAGGUGUCAGCUAAACAACCUGCCACCGCAAUUCUCUACCAGCUAUACCUUGACUCUGGUGCUAUGGUGAACGUCCAUGACCUUUGGCAGGCUUUCCUCGGUGUGUUUGAAAGUGAGGAAGGCAAGACCUGCGAUGACCGAGUUGUAAUGUCCUUGUUCUAUAGCGCUCUUUCGGAGCUGAAGGCAUUUGGCGUGGUCAAGAACAGCCGGAAGAAGGCCGACCAUUUGGCUAAAUGUGCAUGGAUGGGACUCUAG